GUCAAUGCCUAACCUCAACCAAUCGUACUGCUACGCAGGGCGGAUAUUGCCAGGAAAGAAAGUGGGAUGACAAAUGUUGCAUAGUAUAGAGGAUCUUUGGUUUGGUUCUUAACCGGCUCUCGGGACGUUAACGUUAGCUGUUAGCUAGCUAGCAGUGCCAAGAAAUCUACAACAAGGAUAACAAACAUCUGUGUACAGUCUGAGAUGCCAGGUGCUGGUCCAUGGGUGUGAGCCGACUUGAUGUAUUUUACAGAAGGCUGCUCCUCACCAAACUCUUCAUUGGGGGAUGGGGGAAGCCUGAAGACCUCAAGAGAAUCUUUGAGUUCCGUAAGAUCAUUGGGAACAGAGAGAAGUGCAGGUCCCUGGUGCCUAAGGACUAUCCAGUUUACAUAAACAAGACAGAGGAGCACGCUGACUGUAAGAUCCACGAUGGGUUUUUCAUUUCUCCUCUGGAGCAUUUAGUUCCUGGAAUCCUGCCACCAGAGGCUGUCAAAGCCAGGUUUCAGUUUAUAGUUCCGAAGAGGUGGCAGAAGGACAGACCAGUAUGUAUCCACUUGGCAGGAACUGGAGACCAUUAUUUCUGGCGUCGUAGGACCCUGAUGGCCAAGCCCAUGGUCAAAGAGGCAGGAAUGGCUUCACUGCUUCUGGAGAAUCCGUAUUAUGGCUAUCGUAAACCCAAAGACCAACUGCGGUCCAGUCUAAAGAAUGUGUCAGACCUGUUUGUGAUGGGAGGGGCUUUGAUCCUGGAGUCAACAGUGCUUCUCCAUUGGCUGGAGAGAGAAGGUUACUGGCCACUAGGAAUGACUGGCAUCUCCAUGGGAGGAUAUAUGGCGUCCCUGGCAGUGACUAACUGGCCAAAGCCCAUCCCUCUGAUUCCCUGUUUGUCCUGGUCUACUGCCUCUAGUGUCUUCACCACGGGUGUGCUGAGUAAAGCAGUGAACUGGAGAGAGCUGGAGAAGCAGUAUGCCAUUAACUCAGUGUAUGAAGAGGAGAUCAUUAAGCUGUUGGAGUACUGUGGGGCUGACUCCUUUAAAAUGGGUCCAGAAUUUGCCAAGAAUGUGGACUCUUCAGAGCAUCUGUUGGUCCUGUCUGGAGGUGACAGAGCGACAGUGGGUCUGAACUCCAAGGCUGGAGGGGAAGCCGAGGCUGGACGAGGCCUGUUUAUUGGUGGCGGCCUGGAAGGGGGCAGUGCUAGAGUAGACCAAUUGUUAUCAUCCGUGAACAGCAGUGGAAUGAGCUUGGACACUCUACCAAGAAGCCUUCUUGCAAACAACACACUGCUUGGAAAGAAGACGGAUUUUGCCAAAUGCUGUCGGCCAUCAUUACAUAGAGAAUCUAUAAGCUUCAUGAAGGGAGUGAUGGACGAAUGUACACACAUGGCCAACUUCUCUGUCCCUGUAGACACCAGCCUCAUUAUCGUGGUCCAGGCCAAAGAGGAUGCCUACAUCCCUCGUACAGGGGUCCUCAGUCUGCAAGAGAUCUGGCCGGGAUGUGAAGUCCGAUACCUGAAUGGAGGACACAUCAGUGCAUACCUGUUUAAACAGAAUGUCUUCAGACAGGCCAUAUAUGAUACAUUCAACAGAUUCUGCCUGAAGUAUCCCAGCCGGCAUUAGACAUGGCAGACUGAAGUCCUGUACUCCCUGUAACAGCACCAGGACCAGUGGCUGGACAUAAAAACCAAUGCCUGUCCAUAGACCAGAGGCUUCCCUUUCUGUGUGUGUGUGUGUGUGUGUGUGUACACGUGUGUGUGUUCUGUUUUUUACUGUCCCUUCACCUGCUGAGGGACUACAGAUGGAAAGUGUCUUCUCUUUUUUGAAAUUGUUACUUAGUACAAUGUCCCUGAUUUAAAACCUCUAAAAAAUUUAAUAAAAUAUUUAUAACAAAUGUCAUUAUUAAGCAAAUUGAAAUUGAAUUGGUUAUAUUAGUAAUCCUUCAGAUUUGAAGAGAGAUUUGCAAUAACAAAUCAAUUAAUUUGUAGUAAACCCUCUUUGUAGUAGUUUUCAUUGUUUGUGACCAUUCCCACACAGGAUUAAAAAGACAUAACUACACAUAAGGAAAUCACAGGAAACAAUGCAGCAUGUCGUUUGAUUUGAUUUGAUUUGAUAGGCUCACCGUUUACUCUUCACUCUCUUACAGGUGUAUCAGAGCUGUGUCAAGUUAUUGCUUAUGGUACCAAACAUGUCCUACUGCCACUACUUCACAUUAAAAGUGUUAGGCUGCAAACCUCCAACUCUUCAGCAAUGUAAUCAAAGUUGAUGUUCUCUGCUGGUUAUGGAAAACUACUGUGCUUUGUGCAGCAUGAAGUCAGAUCACAGAGUCAAGAGUGACAUGACACGGUCAUGAACGUGUCAUAAACAUUAUAAACAGUCAUAAAUGUUUAUGACAUAACGCUCCUGUCAUUAAGUGUCGUUUUUUGUCAUGACAGGUUAGGGUUCAUGUGUCAUGACAGUGUUGUGUUCGUGACAGUGUCCUGUUACUCUUAUGUAGAUACCUUCAAGUAAUAUGUUACUGAAUUUUGGCUGCACUGUAAACAGAUACACCAGUUGCUCUUCUGUUGUAUUUCUGACAAAGAAGCUGAUCAACCAGUGUUUGCUGUUGUAUUAAAUCACACUUCCCUAUAUCACCAAAUCAACCAGGACUGAAAUCCUAACCCCUAAUUACUUUCAGGCGCGUCUGCGCUGCGAGCAAUCGCAGCCAUUCAAGUCAAUGUUUGAUAUUCCACCAGCUGGGUCUAUUUUCAUGGGAGCAGCGGGCCGCUCAGACAGCCAGGCAGACUAUCCAGUCGAUUUACCAAAACGUCCCCCCAAAUAUUGUUUAUGUCUCCUUUACAACACCACGGACAAUGAGACAUUCAUCUUGGAGGUUGAAAAACAUAUUUCAUAUAUAUAUAAACAUCACAGAUUUUUUUUUAUCAGGACAACACCAGUAAAGAGAAGGCAUGGAGUUUAACUGUAGGAUUGCUUGGAGUGGAAGGUAGAUACUAGUUUAAUAAACACUUGAUUGUUCUGUAGAGUCAAUAUCAUCUGCGAGUUGGGCAGCAAGACGCUCCGCUACUGAGACGCGUCCGGUGUGGUAUGGCGUGUGGCGGAGGAUGGAACAAAACAGCCGCACAGCCGGAACGCAGCACCGACAUGCCCAGUGGAGAAUCGGAGUAUGGAUUACAACUGUCCAGUAAGCACGGGAUGGAAGUAGCCUAUAUUGACGACAUUUAAUUGACGGGAAUAUUCCGGUGUUGCC